AUGGCGACAGCACAAAAUCCGGGCACGGUUGUGCAGCACGCGGGCACAGUAAUCCCGAUGGCUUUGGUAAACAAGUGUAUCGGACAGCCAAUAUGGGUGAUAAUGCGGGGCGACAAAGAAUUGGUAGGCACGCUGCGAGGGUUCGACGACUUUGUAAAUCUGGUGCUCGACGACGUGAAAGAGUACUUUAUUUUUCUUUGUUCAUUUUCAUAUUAUUUUGCUCUACUCAUGAUUUCUCUUUGUUUGAUGCGUUUGCGUUUCCUUGCAAAAUGAAAUGUUAUUAUUUGAAAAAAAUCAGGUACACUUUCACUCCACAAGGGCGAAAAGAAACCAGAAUACCUUCAAUUUUGCUCAACGGAAAUAAUGUCACGAUGCUUGUCCCUGGUGGCGAGCCAGUUCCAUGAGCUGGGAAAUGUAUCAACAUUCGUGAACGUAAGAAGUAUUUACGCAGAAAAUCAAAAUGUGCCCUGAAAAAACGACGUGCGUCUUCAUCUUCGACGGCCUUAAAAUCCACCUCCGCGAGUAU